AUGGAUGUAAGAAACCGAACAACAGUGACAGAGUUUAUUUUUCUAGGAUUUCCAGGCUCCUCCUCACUACAGCUCCCAUUGUUUAUGAUUUUUCUCACUGUGUAUUUGCUUUCUCUCAUGGGAAACACCCUCAUUAUUUUCCUUAUUCUUAUGGAUUCCACACUACAGACACCCAUGUACAUCUUCUUAGGAAACCUGUCAUUCCUGGAGAUCUGGUACACUACAGCCACUGUUCCUAAGUUGCUGGCUACAUGUGUCACAAAGGUUGUCACCAUUCCUGUUGCAGGCUGCAUCACUCAGUACUACUUUUUCUUUUCUCUGGGAGCAACUGAGUGCAUCUUGCUGGCUGUUAUGGCUUAUGACCGGCAUGUGGCUGUAUGCCGUCCUCUACAUUACUCACUUCUCAUGAGUAUUCACAUUUGCCUGAGGUUUGCAGCUGCAUCAUGGAUUGGAGGCUUCAUUGCCCCUCUGCUACCUACCAUACUCAUCUCUCAGUUAAAUUUUUGUGGCCCACAGAAAAUCAACCAUUUCUUUUGUGACUCUGACCCCAUCUUUAAACUCUCCUGCUCAGACACAUUCUUAGUGGAGGCCUUGGGUUACACGUGCACCUCUGUGGUGAUUCUCAGUUCAUUCCUUCUCACAAUGAGCUCCUAUGGUAACAUUGUGGUCACAAUAAUCAGGCUGUCCUCCCGGGAAGCAAGGAAGAAAACAUUCUCAACUUGUGCCUCCCAUCUCACAGUCGUGACCAUGUACUAUGGCACCAUAAUCUUUGCCUAUGUCCGACCUCCAGCCAAGUACAACUUUACAAUCGGCAAAGUGGUCUCAGUGUUCUACUGUGUGAUCACCCCUUUAGUCAACCCUCUCAUAUAUACCUUGAGAAACAAAGAUGUGAUGAAAGCUUUCCAGAAAUUUCUAUCUCAAAAGAGGUUUUUAUCGGGCAAAACCACGCAUGGAGUUUGA